AUGAUUGAAUGGCUCAUUUGUGUAUUAUCGAUUCAUUUUAUUAAUGUACAUGUUGAAAAUAUGCCAGAAAUUACCAGUUUUACGACAGUUAGAAAUGCUCAAAUCAAGUACACCGUUUUAACCUUUUUCACAACUUGCUUACCUUAUUCUAUGGAACAUCCUUACAGAAAGUAUCUUUAUUCAGUAAAAGUUGCGUCUAAAAGACGUAAGACCUUCCUUCCUACUGGUUCACUGGCGAAAUUUGUCCCCUCUCGGUCAGAAAGUAAUUUCUUGCGCGCAAUUGCCAGCAAUAUUGAAAUAUAG